AUGGCCAAUAAGAUCAUCAUUGAGAACCUUAAAGAGCGAUUGAGUUUUGCAAGUGCUUUUGGUGUGUCGAGCAGGGGGAAGAGUGGUGGCCUAUGUUUGUAUUGGAGAGAAGGAGUAGACUGCAAUAUUGUCUCUUAUUCACAAAAUCAUAUAUGUGUUGAUAUCAAGAAAAAUGAUUUAGUAUGGAGAUUUGUUGGUUUGUAUGGCUGGCCAAAGGAGGAGGAAAGAUAUAAGACGUGGAACUUGAUCAAAUUCUUGUGUGAGGAAACCACUGUGCCUAUUAUUUUCGGGGGAGAUUUUAACGAAAUCUUAAGCUGUGGGGAGAAGGAGGGGGGUGUGGAACGAGUGAGGAAGGAGAUGGAGGGGUUCCAAAAUGUUGUGAAUGAUUGUGAGUUAAGGGAUUUGGGAUUCAAUGGUUCAUGGUACACUUGGGAGAGGGGUAAGACGAUGGACACUAGAGUAAGGGAAAGGCUUGAUCAAUUCCUAGCUUCUCUGUCUUGGACAUACCUCUUUUCGAACUUUGGGGUUGAGCACUUGGUGAGGUACAAUUCGGACCAUGCAACAAUUCUAUUGAAAUCGAAAAGCCAAAUAAAAAAGAAGAAAAAGAAAAAGAGCUUCAAGUUUGAGACUAGUUGGCUGCUUGAUGAAUCUUGUGAACUUGCAGUUAAAGCCGCACGGAGCUUUUCUAUGGGGCUGCCAACAGUUGCUAGAGUAGUUGUGGUUGGUCGGGGACUCUUAGCUUGGAGUGAGGAUAAGUUCAAUGACUUGGGGAAACAAGUAGAAGACACUGAGAAAGAGCUUCGUAUUGCACAGCAGCGACCCACUUCAAUGGAUAGUUGCUGGGAGUGUUCGAGGCUAGAGCAAAAACUUGAUGAUCUGAAUGCUAAGCAUGAGUCUUAUUGGCACAUUAGAUCUCGGGUGGCUAAAAUUAAGGAUGGAGAUAAAAAUACGAAAUAUUUUCAUCAUAAGGCCUCUCAAAGAAGGAAGAAGAACUCUAUAGUUGGACUUUAUGAUGACUCGGCGUUUCUGGACAUUGUCGGUGAUGAAGUGACUAAGUUUGUUAGUAAUAUUUUACAUGGUGAUUGUUCCCCCAAACCUGUUAAUAAUACGAACAUUGUUUUGAUCCCGAAAGUUGAUUCCCCUACGUCUACCGCUGAGUUUAGACCUAUUACUUUGUGUAAUAUGCUCUAUAAAAUAAUGUCUAAAGCUAUUGUGAUGAGAUUGAAAAAUAUUCUUCCAAAGAGAAGCAAGGGCCGGAAAGGGUGGAUAGGUAUGAAGCUCGACAUGAGAAAGGCAUAUGACAGGUUGAAUGGGGUUUUUUGA